CUUCUUCUUUAUUCAUUAUGUUCCUCUCAAUUUGCAGAAAAAAUUCUUCAAUUACCCUUUUAUGUAUACACCCAAAAAAGAUCUAGUUAUUUGAUACAUCAUUUGUUUUUAUAACAGAAGAGGUAAUUGUUAAGUACUUCAAUUAAGAUGAUGAAGAGCAACAAUAUUGGAUGCACAAAGAAAGGAGAGAAGCAGCAAUUGUUAGAGUCUAAUUAUCAUGUUAUUCAUAAGCUUCCUCCUGGUGAUAGUCCCUAUGUUAGAGCCAAAUAUGCACAGCUAGUGGAGAAAGAUCCAGAGGGUGCUAUAGUUCUAUUUUGGAAGGCGAUUAAUGCAGGAGAUAGAGUGGAUAGCGCAUUGAAAGACAUGGCAGUGGUUAUGAAACAACAAGAUCGUGCUGAAGAAGCUAUUGAAGCUAUAAAGUCCUUUAGAGACCGAUGCUCCAAACAAGCACAAGAAUCGUUAGACAAUGUCCUCAUCGAUUUAUACAAGAAAUGCGGAAAAUUAGAGGAGCAGAUUGAACUGCUGAAGCAGAAGCUACGAAUGAUUUACCAAGGAGAAGCGUUUAAUGGUAAACCUACAAAGACAGCUCGUUCCCAUGGAAGAAAGUUCCAAGUUACUAUCAAGCAAGAGACGUCCAGAAUACUGGGUAAUUUGGGUUGGGCAUACAUGCAACAAACCAACUAUGCAGCUGCUGAAGUUGUUUAUCGCAAAGCUCAACAAAUCGACCCUGAUGCCAAUAAGGCAUGCAAUCUAUCCACGUGUCUACUAAAACAAGCGCGAUAUGUUGAAGCAAGAUCGGUCCUUGAAGACAUUUUACAAGGUAAAAUCUUUGGCUCGGAUGAUCCUAAAUCAAGGAUUCGCGUAGAGGAACUGUUGAAAGAAUUGGAGCCAUUUGUAUCACUUGGAUACACUUCCCCUUCUCCCCAAUGGAACUUAGAAGAUGCAUUUCUUGAGGGUCUUGAUCAGUUGAUAAACCAGAAUGCCCCGUUUCGAUCGAGGCGACUUCCCAUUUUUGAAGAAAUUUCACCAUGUAGAGAUCAAUUGGCUUGUUGAUCUUUCACGUUUGAGUAGAAUCAUACUUGUUAGUGAAGAAUAGGCAAUUUUAGUUUAGAUAAUUUGACAUCAGCUGUUCUUUGUGUCAAAUGCUAGUUGAGAUGCACAUAUGUGUUUCUGUCACAUACAUGGUGUUAUGCCAAUUUGAAUACGUUUCUUGCACAGUUUU